AUGGGUACAAGAAAAAUUGUUGUAUUGGCUGGAUAUGAGGCCGUGAAAGAUGCACUCGUCAAUUACGCUGAAGAGUUUGGAGGAAGAGGGAAAACUAGAAUAUUCCAAAAUAUGGACAAAGAUUUUGGACUUAUUCACUCACGUGGUGAAAACUGGAAGGUGAUGAGAAGAUUUACUCUGACCACCUUGCGUGAUUUCGGAAUGGGGAAAAGUUCUAUUGAAGAGAAGAUUAUUGAAGAAUGUUCUUACCUAAUUAAACGUUUUGAAUCGUUAAAAGGAAAACCAUUUAAUAAUACAAUGAUGGUAAAUGCUGCAGUGGCUAAUAUCAUAGUUUCAGUAUUACUUGGACAUCGAAUGGACUAUGAAGACCCUCAAUUUGAGAGGCUUAUGACUUUGACGAAUGAAAAUAUAAGGCUUUUAGGAAGUCGGAUGGUUGGGAUAUAUAAUAUUUUCCCUUUUUUGGGCUUUCUUCCCGGUAACCACAAAACUGUUGUGAAAAAUGUGGAGGAAAUUUUUGAAUUUGUUAGAAACACAUUUAUAAAACAUCUAAAGAACUUAGAUGAGAACGACCAGAGAAGCUUCAUUGACGCAUUUCUAGUGAGGCAAAAGGAGGUAAAUGAGGAUGGGAGCCCUCAUUCAUUCUUCCAUAAUGAAAAUCUAACAAGACUGGUAAGAAAUUUAUUUGUUGCGGGAAUGGAGACCACAUCAACUACGCUGCGCUGGGGUAUGCUGCUAAUGAUGAAAUACCCAGAGAUACAAGAAAAGGUGCAACAAGAGAUCUCCAAAGUUGUUGGGUUGGCACAACUCACCUACAGCCAUCGGGUGCAGAUGCCUUAUACGAAUGCUGUCAUACAUGAGAUCCAGAGGUUUGCUGACAUUGUGCCCCUCAAUGUGCCUCAUGAAACAACUAGAGAUGUCACUUUUAGGGGAUAUUUUAUCCCAAAGGAAACCUAUAUAAUCCCUUUAUUAUCAUCUGUAUUGCGGGACAAGACACAGUUUGAAAAGCCUGAUGAGUUCUACCCAAAUCAUUUUUUAGACUCCCGUGGGAAUUUUAUAAAAAAAGAUGCCUUUAUGCCAUUCUCUGCAGGACGUAGAGCCUGCGCUGGAGAAAAUUUGGCUAAAAUGGAGCUUUUCAUUUUUCUUUGCCGGUUUGCUGCAGAAGUUCACUUUUUGUUUUCCUCCUGGAGUCAGUGA